AUGGCGAAAAUCGAUUCUCCAUCGCCGCCUGCAGCUGGUCCUGGCCCCGAAGAGCUCGACGAUUACAUGUCCAUGACCAUCGCAGAGCCCGCCAAGCCAGCUGAGAAAGAAACCUACACCCAGCGCCGAAUACGCAAGCAACGUGAAGCCGAAGCGAGAUCCCGCCCCAAGUCCAAGGCCGAGCUCGCCGCCGCCGCCGCCGCCGCCCGCGACGAUGCCCUCUCCACCGCUCUCCCCAACUCCUCCAAAGGAUUCCAGAUGAUGGCCAAGCUCGGCUUCAAGCCCGGAGCCGCGCUGGGCGCUUCUUCGAAUCCGAACGCGCGGACCGAGCCGCUUCAUAUAUCCGUCAAGGAGGAUAGAGGGGGCGUGGGGAUGCAGAAUGAGAAGAAGAGGAAGUUCAGGGAGGAGGUGGAAGGGGUGGAGAAGAAGCAGAGGGCUGAAGAGGGGGGUUAUCGGGAGAGGGUUGCGAAGGAGAGGGAGGGGAAGAGGGUUGAAGGCAUGUUUUGGGGUGCGAUGAGGGUGCUGGAGGGGUUGGAGCAGCCGGAGGGGCGGGAUCAAGUGCCGGUGAAGAAGGUGAAUGUUCUGUGGAGAGGUUUGGUGAGAGAGCGGCAAGAGAAGGAGAGGGAGAGGCGUGCAAGGUACGAUCUACAUCAGGGCUUUUCGAGGAGUGCGGCGUAUGUGGAUUUCGAGGAGGACGAGCAGGAUAGGCAGGCGUUGGGAAAAGAGGAGGAAGAUGUGGAAGAGGAGGACGAGGAGUUGAAUGAGUUCCUGAACCUUGAAGGAAAGGAAAGGUUGAAGAGACUGGUAGGGUAUCUACGGAAGGAGCAUCAGUACUGCUUUUGGUGUAAAUUCAAGUACGUGGAUGAGACGAUGGAGGGUUGUCCGGGGUUGGAAGAAGAUGAUCAUGAUUAG